CAAUGUAUUUGUURUUGUGUUUUGUGGUGUCAUUGUCAUCGAUAUGUGUUAUCAAUGCCAUACAGUGUGGACUUCCCGGUCGGCCGGCAUACGGUCGUGUCAUACAAGAGGGUCACAGCUAUAAUGAGGGCGAAUCAGUGACAUACACGUGCAAUAGCGGCUAUUACAUGAUUGGCACAAUAGUUAGGAGAUGUCUUCCUAAUGGCACGUGGACAGGAAAUAUACCAGUUUGCGAUACAACAUUAUCUUCAUUAUCGCACUACACGUCCUCAUCGGAAUCCCUUUCCCAAUAUCCGCCCGAUUUGGCCAAUGAUGGCAACAAAAAGACUUGUUUUUACAGUAACCGCCGUAAGCCUCGGUGGUGGCGAAUGGAUAUGGGUUUUACACAGACUGUCCUAUCGGUGUCCAUAACUGUUCCGUUUGCCAGUUCAGAACAUCACUUCACUAUUUAUGUGAUUGAAGUAAAAGAUUCGGUCACUAAAUACCAUAAGUGCGCCUCAUUUCGGGGAAUCUUCUCAUCUCAGGCCAUGAUUUUGGGCUGCGGUAACAUCAAAGGCAUAACCGGUUCAUUGUUACACAUUGAAGACAAUUCACAUAAUUUAGAGUAUUUCGGUCUUUGCGAAGUCGAGGUSUUUGUUCUCAAAGAUUACUAUGAAUGUGGACAACCAGAAGAGCCGGCCAACUCGUAUACUCACGACACACCUGGACAUACAGUUACAUAUGACUGUCAUCCUGGCUAUAGACUGGACGGAUCAAAAAUAAGAACUUGUAUGAAGAGUGGACAGUGGACUGAGAGUCAGCCUAUAUGUAGACCAAUACAUUGUUCGCGRCCAUUGGCAGUUGAAAAUGGUCAYUUUAGGAUUGUUGGUCAGGCCAACAAUGAGAUUCCGGCACUGGGCAGCAAAAUAUUCUACUCGUGCGCACCGGGAUAUAGUUUGGUGGGUGGAAAUGACACACAAUAUUGUGAAGAAAACGGUACCUGGACUGGCCAACAACCCGAAUGUCAUCCUGUUGAUUGUGGUCUGCCUAACGAUAACAGUGAUUAUUUAGGCGGUCGUUUCAAACUGUUAAACGGGUCGACCAGAUUCACAKCWAUGGCCGAACUYAUGUGCUUUAAUGGCAAACGGUUGAGUCUAAUCAUACGGUGCGCGGAUGACGGCUCGUGGACUGGACUCGAAUCUACAUGUAUUUAUGAUAGAGUUAACUUUUAUACGGCUACUCUAUCCGAUAAAAUGGUCGACAAAAAAUCGGAUAUUAGUAUAUCUAUUAUAUUAAGUUCGGUAAUAGUGGUCGUCCUAUUGAUACUACUAAUACUUAUUACACUGCUAUUUAAAAGGUAG